AUGUCAGGUGCUAGGUUCACAGUGACCAAGACAGGGGGUGAGGAUCAACCAAUCACAGAUGCAACCGGAGGGUAUGGCUCAGUGCCGCCAUCAGGCAUCCAGUUUGCACCACACUCAGGAAAAGACUAUGCUGUGGUCUAUG